AUGCAUGAAGGAAUAUGUCAAUUUCCAAAUAUUCAUUUCUAUAAUGGCGAACUUAUCACAGAUGAAAUUGCAAUGAACUAUUGGCCGGACUAUCCGUUGGAACCGUAUUAUUUAUAUCAUUUGAUAUAUACAACACAUACAUUUCCAUCUAAUGGUGGGUCAUCGGAUAAUAAAGAAGAACGAAUUUUUAUUAAAAGAUUUUGUAUCAAACUACUUGAGUGCCUUGUUCAGCGACAACCUUAUGUUAAAAAUGAUAGAGAAUUUAUUGAAAUGGAAAAAUGUAUUGUUGUCAUCACACCGUACAAAAGACAGAUGACUAAGUUUCGCGAGAGAUCGCUUGAAUUUCCGCGUCAUAUCGAAGUUUUAACUGUAGACAGUGCACAAGAAAAGGAACAUGAUAUUGUUCCUAUUUCAUGCGUCAGAAGCAAUGGAACAAUCGGUUUUUUGAAUGAUCAACAUCGUUUAAAUGUCAUGUUGACAAGAGCAAGACGUGCUCUAUAUAUUUUUGAUAAUUUAACCUCAUUAGCAGAAUAA